AUGGACCCUUCAGCUGCGUUCCGGCCCUUAUCGCCCGCGGGCGGCGCGAUGGCUUCAGACGCGCGCGUGUUUGCUAGGCCGAGUCUCUCUCGCGUCCCAGAGCGUGCGUCUCCUUCACAGCUGCCUGCAGGCGAGGUGUCGAACCCCGUGGCUUUUGCAGCAGCUUCGUCAUCCUGCGCCUCCGCCAGUCAGUUUUCCGUCUUUUCGGAGGCCGCGGCUCACGCUAGCGAACUCGUCCGCCAGAUCGCGGCGUUCGAUGAAACUGACGGCUCACUUGAGAGCAAGCUGCGCGCCUUGGGGACCUGGUCCGGCGGGUGUACGUACACCCAAGCCAUGGACCCGCGGUCGUACGAAGAGAAUCGCCACGCGUUCUCUUUGGGUCAAGCGUUUCCCCAGAUUCUUCCGCUUCCGCCAGUGCUUCAGCGGCUUCUGCACCGCGACUCCCGGCGGCGAGAUGACCAGACAGAGAGAACCGCUUUGGGAGAAGAAGAGAGCGGCCGCGACCUCCGCGCGCAGGCUCCACCGGCGUCGCCUGCAUCGGGCGCCGCCCCUGUGUCUUCCCCGCCGAGCGGCGUUUUGUCGCUUCUCCAUCUCCUCUGGGUCGCCGACGGCGCGACGUUGCAUUUGUGGCCGCUGCCUGCCGGCACAGAUCUCUCGUCUUUUUCGCCUGGUUUUCCGCCGGCCGCCGUUGAGAGCACAGACGCGCGCGACUCGGACAAAGGCCGCAUCUUCGCCUCGCAGGCGGGCUUGUCGCGCUCGCGACGUCACCGCAUGACGGAGCAGCAGCGGCUGCUUCACUCAACGCUGACCUACGAGCUUCCGUCUCCGCUGCGGCACCUUGAGCACGUCCUGCUUCCGCGCACGCUGCUGCCGCCAGCUUUCGCGGGGUCUUUUCUCUCCUUCUCGCCUUCUGCUACCCUCGAGGGCGGGCGCGCGCGCCGUGCUGAACGCGCAGGCGACGCCUACGUGGAAGUGAACGACGGCGGGGACUCUGGGGACGAAGACAGCGGGCGAUCUGCGCCGGGUUCGGGCGAAGUGCCCAGCGAUGUGGAGGCGACGCAUUUCCACGCACUGAUUGCGGUCUGCGAGGCGUCGCUGGCGGUGCUGGCGCUGAGCUCGCCGGAGGCCUCGCUCAGGUGCUGCGCGGACGAGUUGAGCGCGGGCGGCGCCGCGGCGCGUGUCGCCCUCCUCGCCUCGUCGUCGUCGGACUUGCAAAUCUUCCAGAUCGCGCAUCUCUCGCUGAAUGCGCGCACCCCGUCGUUCGCCUCGGCCUUCUUCGCCUCCUCCACCUGCUUGCCUGAAAUCACCGCGGUCGGCGUCCACUGCGGCUCAUCGCGAGUCUUCCUCGGCGAUGCCGAGGGCGGCAUGCACGAGCUGCUCCUGAUGCCCCUGCCCUCCGUCCCCUCCGCCCGCUCCGACCGCGGUGGAGCCCCAGCGCGGGCCUACGGGAGCCCUGAAGAGACGCCGCGGCUCGGAGUGCGGAAGAUGCGCCGACGCACCGAGCAGGCCCCUGCGCGAGGCGCGAGGCGGGCUGCGUGUCGACGAGACCCUGACGCGGCAGACGAGGAGUUGGAGGACGGCGCAGAGUCCGCGACCUUUGGCGGCGAUGACGACGAAAGUGGUGCCGAGACGUCGCCAGAUGGGGACGACGUUGACGCUGUCGGGCUUCUCCAGUGCCGCGUGGAGCCCCUGCGCUCGUCGAUCUUCUCCAGGCUGGUAAAGGGCGCGGCAGACAUCGUGACCUCGGCCUUCGCGUUCCUGCCCUCGCGGAGGCGCCCGCGGCGAAGAGAAGAAGGCGUCCGACACAGGAGGGCGGUCUCGGCGUCGCCGCCCCUGCGGCGGCGGGACGAGGCCGACACCGAGAACGGCGGAGACAGAAUCGUCUCCAUCACCCCCGAUGAAGAACGCGGUGCUCUGUGGAUCCUGACCGCCUCCUCAGACGUCGCCGUCCUCCUCCUGGAGCCGCCCGCGCUCUCCCCAGACGCGACGCUGGUGGAGGCGAAACCCGACAUCUCACUCAUUCGGCUGAAGCGUCGCGAGCUGGAGCGGCAGAUCGGCGCGGACUUCCGGAACUGGGUGUCGCCGCCUGUCCCCUUCUGUGGGGAGGCCAACUGUCCCCAUUGUCCCUCGCCGCCGCCGCGGUUUGGGCUCCGGGGGCCUAUGGGGGGCGGGGCGCCGAGGGCGAACCUCUCGGGAAACGGCUUUUUCGCGUUCUUCGGCUCCAGGCCGGAGCUGCGACUCGUCAGUGUGCACCCAACCGCGCCGCAGGAGGCGCAGACGAUUGCCGCGGUGCUUUUCGACGACAGAGGCGGUCGGGUCUACCUCCAGCUGGAGCACUUUCAGCUUGUUUCGCGUCUCAUGGGAGACGCGCCACCCCAGCCUCCGCCGGGGUCCUACGGCACGCCGGCGCCGUCUGCGCCCUUCCUCCGCGUCGCGUGGUAUCGGCCUGCGCCUGCAGCUGCCGGCUACUGCACGGCCUCUUCUCUGUGGGCGUCUUCCUCGAGGAUGCUCAGAGAAGGGGAGCGGGGCGUCUCUCAGGAGGCACCCAGCGGCGCGGCCGCGGGCGCGUCUCCACGCCGCGGCGACACGGCCGUUGUGUGUGGGGCUCGCCACCGGAAGCUCAAGCUGGGAUUUUACUCACAGGGGGCCUCUGUGCUUCUGUUCGAGGCAGCGGACGAGGAGGGCGACGACCGGGAUGCGAAGGGGCGGGCGCCCGAGCCGCUGACCAGCCAGCCCGCGUUCGAGCGCCUCGUGGCGGUCGCACCCGACUUGGAGGCCUCCGCGCGGGCGGUGGCCGCGCCCGCCUCUUCCUACGGCGCAUCCACCUGCUACGCGUCUCCGUCGCAGAGCGCCGCGGCUGCGCAUCCGGCGCAUCCGCAGGCGUCGUCCGCCUUCGCGUUCAGCGCCUCUUCCGCGGCGCGCUCAGUGCAGCCCCUGAAGGAGGCUUUCGCCGCGUUUCCACUCUUCCUCGCGUCCGCGCCGUCGCCCGCGUCGUCCUGCUUUCCGCUCGCGCUAGGCGAGUCUCUGUGGAUCGUCGAGGCGCCACUGCUUUCUCGCAGCUCCGCAGUCGCGCAAACGCUCUCCGCUGCGGCUGCCUUCGCGCUGCCGUCGCCGUUCGACGUCGCGAAGCGCGCUCACUGGCGCUACCUGCCCUACCGCGACGUGCUGCCGCCCGUCUCUUCGCCCUACGGCGCGCCGUUCGCGCCGCACGGGUCGCGCGGCGCGGUCCCGGCCUUCUCGUCGUCGCAUCUCUUUCCGCAGGCCCCCGAGCCUUCGGACUUCGCGUACGCCUCGGCGCAGCCGCAGACUGCCUCCUCCUCGUACGCGUUCGCGGCGCCGCAUCCGAGCGCCGCGCCCUCGCCCCCGACGAAUCCGCUCUUCGCCUCUGUCGAGAAGACGAUCGCUGUGGCGCCGCCGCCGUUCGCGUCGCCCGCGGAGGCCCUGCCCUGUCGGCGGAACGGCGUCGGGGGGUCUUACGCCGCCUACGGCACGAGGGGAAGCUGGCAGCCUGAGCUUGCGGUGCCUCUCGCGGCGCUGCCGGCGCUCGCCCGCGACCAGGUUCUGCCGCCGCGGCGGGUGUUGCUCAUCACCUCGCGCUGCGUCGUCUCGCUGACCUUCUGUUCGCUUGAGCAGAUUUACCAGCAAGUCGUCGCGCGUCUCGUGCGAGAGGCAGAGCGGCGCCUCCGGGCUCCGGGCGGCAGCCUGCGGAAGUCCGCGCUGCUGCUCGCCGACGCAGCCUGCCGGCGCGACGAAGACGCGCCCAAGCACGUCACCUUCUUGCCCGGCUUCCAGGAGAGGCGCCAAACGCUCGACGAGGCGACUGCGGAGGCCGAGAGGGCCGUUGUCGCCACCGCCGUCGCCGCAGUGGACGCGCGCGCGAGACCGGAGGGACUUUUCGCAGGAAACUCCUCGCACGAGCUCUCCCCGGUCGAGCAGAGAAUGCAGAAAGUGCAGAAUGAGCUUGUCGCGCGGCAGCGACAGGCGCACGCCGAGAGAAUGGCGGUGGCGGAGCGAAUUGCGUUCGGCGCGGGCGGUGUGUAUAGACCCUACAGCGACGACGCCCGGAACGGCGUCUGUACACCGUACGGGGCCGGCGAGGUGCGCGACGCGUCCGCGGGCGGCUGGACCAAGGCGCUGUUUGGCGGAGGCGGCUGGGGGGGAAAUGGCUUCUUCUCUUCGUCGUCGGGGAACUCGGGGGCGGCGCCGGCGGGCGGGCCUUCGAGCCUGAAGCACGCUGGGGCGAGCUCGCGAGACGGCGUCGUCGGCUUGGAUACGCUGAUCGUGGCCUACCUCCGCGACGCAUACACGGCUGAGCAGGUGGCGGCCGUCUGCUGGCAGCUUUUGAUCGACGUUCCCUCCCUUCUCUCUCCCUCACUGGCCUCGACGUCCACGUCUUCCGCGUCACCGCUCGCCGCGCGCGAUCUCCACCUCGCCCUCCGGUCGCUGCUCGCCCACGAGCAGACGCGACGCAGCGGCGCUGCCCCCCUCGACGGGACCGCGACUGCGGGCUUCCUGUACCCCGCGCCCGCGUCGGUGGCGCACGGAGGAGGCGAUGCGCUGCUGCGCGCUUUCGCCUCGCGCGCCGACCGCGCCUUCCUCGACGUCUUUCUGCGCUCCACGCGGACGCUAAGUGCCCUGCCCGCCUCGUCGUCGCCCUUUGCAGAGUUCGGCGCGGAGGCCGCCGAGCGCGCGGGCGCCGAGGCGGCGCUGAACGCCGCGCGAGGCGCCGACGUCGCGAUGGAGGAGGGGGGGCUCGAGGCCUUCUCCUCCACGCCAUUCCGCAGGGGCUACAUCAGCAGCGCGGAGACCCCCGGCGACGGCGACCGCCGCAGGCUGGGGAACGAGGCCCGCGAAGGGCUUGCGCAGAGCGCGGGCUUCUAUCCCUCCCCUCCCGCAGCGGCGGUGGGCGCGUCCCCCGAGCUGGGCACGCCGCUGGCGUCGUGUUUCGGGCCCUUCGCGCCCUUCGCGCCUGAAGACGGCCGCGAAGGCCGGGGCUUCGCUGCCUCGUCGCUGGACAGCCAGUCGCUGGCGCCCGGCGAGAUCUCAGCCUUCCUCGUACUCGCCUGGCAGACACUCGUCAACAGGGUCGCCUCAGAGACGGGCGGCGCGUGCGCGGGCGCCGACCAGGAGGCGGACACGGCGAUGCUGAAGCAGCUCGAGGCCGAGCUGAAUGCGUUGCGGCAGAAGAACGCGCAGAGCCAAGCGAAGGGCGACGGGCGGCCGGGGGGGCGGCCCGAGGGCGCGACGGGCGGCGCGACGCGGCUGUGGGUCUUUGGCGGAGACUCCUCGCAGCCGCGAGGGGCGGCCCCCGGCGCCGUGAGCGCCGCCAGCCUCCAGGAGCAACAACUCGAACUCCAGAUCAAACAGCUGCAGCUGCAGAUGGAGCAGCGACGCUACCAGCAACAAAUGCAACUCAGCACCAGCGCAGCUCCGUCUUCGGGCUCCUACGGUUCGCUCUCGCCGACCGUCAAGGGCUUGCUGCUUUUCGUCUCGCGCCUCCUCCGCCCGUUCCUCUUUGCGCCGCUCUUCGAAGCCACGCACAGCCCCUCCGGCAUCCUGCGGUCGCCUUCGGCAGCCGCAGCCUCGUUUUCACCGGCCUUCUCGGCGUCCUUCCUUGCCAAUCAGAGGAAACGCUCACGGCUCACGGCCUUCCUCUUCGGCGACGACGGAGAGGGCGACCCCUCAACGGAUGCGCAGAGCGUCCUCGCCGUAGCGGGCCUCGCGGGUCUCCACCCGGCUCUGCUGACCCCUGGAGCUCUCCCAGUCCCCAUCUGCAUGCGCGGCAGAUUUUCCCUGGCGGCCGUCGCGCUCAUUCAAAAGAAACUGGCGCUCCUCUUCAUGGUCAUCGACGCCGUGUACACUGCGAUUUUCCAGCAGCAUCUCGAGAGGCCCGAGCGGCAGAUGGGCGCCCAGCCCGCGCAGACUCUGUUCGCGUUCGCCUUGACCUUUCCUACUGGUCCUUCGCUGCCACCGUCGCUCCCGCCGCACUACUCGCUGCCGGCGUUCUCUGCCUUCCUCGCGGGCUGCGGCGCCCGCGGCCAGGCCACAGACACGGAGGCCUGCAGAGACGAGCAACGAUUCUCAAAAGUCAUGAAGGCCGCCGCCGUUUGGUGCGCGCUGCCGUCCCAUGAGCAGCAAGAGCUGCAGCACAUGUUCGCCGUCUCGCGCAUGCUGCUUCUGUGCAACGAGGCCCUGGCCGCCUAUCGGCUGCUGCUGAGGGAGAUGCGCAGCUGCGCCCAGCUUGGCACGCGGCGCUUCAUCGACGCGCUCCAGUUCGAUCGCGUACUCUGCCUCAACCUCUCUCUCUUGUGUUCCGAGCGAAGCAGCCGCGAGGAGUUCCGCCGAUUCGUCUUCAGCUGUGUCUCCGUGCAAAGCCCAGCCUUGGCGCAGCUCUGCACAGGCGCGCUCUUCACGCCGCAAGAGCUCCGCGGCCACAGCGCGCUGCUGCAGCUGAAGAAUUUCAUUGAAGACAGCCGCGAGGCGCUUGAGCAGAGCGCGACUCAGCAGAGGCACACGCUCGCCUUGGUGCUUCAGCAACGCGCCCAGGCAGCCGCGGCCGUUCCUCCGCUGCCUCUCGCGCCCGGGAUGCCGCUGGCGCUGCCGGCGCCGAGCGCAGCGGUUCUCGCGCUGCAGACGCAGGUGCAUCAGUUCGUUGCUGCGCAGCUGCUGCCUGUCCUGCUCUUCUUCUCCAUCGGCGCUCUGGCUGAACUGCUCGCCUCGGCGCAGAUGUUUGGACUGCUCGUCCACGUGGUUUCUGCGCGGGCGGAGGACAUUCGAACGCGAUUCAGACUCGCGGCGGGUGGCUGCUCGGGGGGACGCGGCCGGGUGUCUUCGCUUGCGGAGGAAACCAAGGAACUAGAGGAGACCUGCUACGUGCACAUCACGGCCUUGCUGCAGAGGUUUUUGCGGCUUCACCGAGAAGCGACGGAAAGCGAACGCGGCGCGCAGGGGGGACCAGUCUCCGCCGGUAAGGACUCUGUUCUGAAACACAAGGCUGAAUUCGCAGACUGGGCUCGCUCGGCUGCCGCGGACCUGCGCCGGCGUUCACUAUGCUUCCCACGGCGUUUAGAAGCGCCUGUCGGCGUCGGGAUUGAGGCUAGAGGCACAGCCGCCCUCGCGCAGCUCUCGCGCGCACGCUGGAGUUCUCCGCCGCUGUCGUGCCAUGUUUUUGCACGGGCGGACUCAAGCGUGAUUCGCGGCGCUCGCUGGAGAGGUGAUCAGAAGAAUCGCGUGCCGCGCGAGCCUGUUUUUGCAGGAAGCGAAGGCCCCGAGGCUCUCUUCUGGCGCGCGCAGGCCGCCACACUCGUCGCCGCGGUGCUCGCAACCGACGACGCUGCGAUGCAGCAGUUCGUCUUCCACUGGAUUGCGCAGACUGGACAGAAGUCCUUCCCACAGUCGCUGCUCACCCUUCAGAGCCCGCAUCUGCUGCCGUGGCUCCAACAGAAUUUUCGGUUUUUCGCGCUCGAUUUGGGCGAGUUCUACGCCGCGGCCGGACUCAGCGCACGCGCAGCGGCGGAGUAUCUGUCUCAGGGCCUGCGACCGUGGAGCGACUCUUCGUCCUCAUCGCCGCUUGACAGCUCGCCAGUCUCGUCUUCUUCGCCCGAUUCGAAGGCCAGCGGCGGCGGCUCGGGGGCUGAGGAAGGCGGAGACACGAUGCAAAGCGCCGCUGCGCAAAAAAACACCGCGCAGUUGCUCGCCUUCGACAGCGAGCGCGACGCCUUCUGCGUCGACCGAUGCGCACCCAUCUGGCAGCGGUGCGCGGCAUACGUCAGCGCCCGCACGAGGCCGCCGGCGCUUCAGACGCGUCUUCUCUUCCUCGCAAAAGCUAAGGACGCGCUGCAGCAGCAGACUCAAGAGGCGGAGGCACGAGGCGACGUUUCAGGCGGCUUCGGAGCGGCUCGGGGCCUCACCAUCGGCGACGCGUCGUACCAGAAGGACUCGCUCGCGUCUCUGCUUUCUGGCGUGGUGACCGCUGAUCAAGUUUCGGAAAGCAUUCAGAUGGUCGGAUACCAGCAAGGCCUGUUGCGAGAUUGCCUGCGCGUCUUCUGCUUCCUCGCUCUCGAGUGCGCCAUGAACACGGCGCAAGAGAGACUGUCGCUCUCUCGCGGCCGCGACGGCCGCGCGGGCACUUCUCCCUUUCUUCAGCCGCGCGAGCGCCGAGGCGCUUCGCAGCCGGAGGAGAACGAGGUGAAGGAGCGGCUUUUCCGCGAGAGCCUCGAAGAGUUCCUCAGAGACUUCUUCGCAGAGAGGGAAGAAGCAGACGCUCGCGGCACGUUCCCGAGUCCCCGGCUAACCGCGCGGGAACGCGAGGAGGGAGCAGUUGCGGCUGAUUUCAGAGAGGAAUGGGAGGUUUUCCACAACCUUCUCGACUUGAUGACGGCGCUGCAGAAGACGGUUUACUCGCGCAGCGAGUUGUUGGCGCUAGUGACGUUCUUUUGGGGUGCGAACCGCCGCGUCCAGGACGGAGGCUUCGCCUUUUUUUUCCCUUCCGUUGCAGCGCUUCAGCUGCUCGCGCACACGCAGUACACGCGGACCGCGUCGAGCUUCGCCGCAAACGGCCUCAGCGCCGCAGAAAAACGCAUGGGGGGCGGGCUCUUCGCGGCGAGUGAGGGGGUCGGAGGCGCGAGAAGAGACGCCGAGGGCGCGCGUUUUGUCGCCGCGGCCUGCCAGAGCUACCUCGCCUUCGCGAUCGCCGCCGUGCGCGCCUUCGAAAACGAUAAAAUCCUCUCGACUGCGCUCGACGAUCUCCUCUCGUAUCCGGAUAUCGCGCUUCGUCGGGUGCAGAGCGCUUCUCUGCCGGACUACCUCUUGCUGCUUCACGCGUUCGCGAGGGAGCAGGCUGCGGAGCUUCUGGGGGAGUCCUCGGCGUCGUUCGUUGCCGAAGACUCCAACCUGGAGCUCGACGAAGUCAUGCUCAACGCACACUGCCGCGUCGGAGGCGAUGCAUGCGCGGAGGCGCGAGCCCUACCCCUCGCAGUCUGGCCUGCGUGGAUGAUUCUCCACCGCCGCGUCGCUCCAGGGAAGCUCGUCGACGCCUACCUGCAUCUGAUCAGGAUAGGAUCACCGUGGGUAACUCAUCUCACUCCAAAAGCCCUCUUUUGUUUUCAGAAUCACGCACCGAGCUCGCUCGCCGUCAAGCUCGGGCUGACCCCGCGCGUGCAGGCGCUGGUGUUUGCGUGGCUGUUUGACGCGUGGCUUAUCAACGAAGACACGACGACUUCGAGCUUGACGUUCAUUAAAACCUUCUCCUUCUACCUCGCCCAGGGCAAGCUUCCCGGAUUCGAAACUCCCAACGACUGCCUUCACGCUCAGCUGAGUCGCGAAGAGCGGGAAGGUGCCCAGGAGGCGUGCCGGAGCCUGACGGCGCUGCUGCUCAAGAUCAGCGCGGCUCUGGCAGCGGCAGCGGCUGAAGUGCCGCAGCUCAAGCAGCUCGAGCUGUGCAAGAGUGCAUGCGUCUCGCUCAACACGUUUCAAAGCAAACUCGGACUCUACGCCGACGCCCUCGCCGGACAGAGACACGACUGA